AUGGAGGCUAUACAAUCCCUCAACAUUACUGAAGCGUCAAUAAGUCAAUUACAGGAUGCGCUGAGUAAAUCUCAAAUCACCAGCGUAGACCUUGUCGCACGUUUCCUCCAUCGAAUCGGCAAAUUCGAUCACCGCGGGCCAUCAUUCAACUCUAUCUGCAUCACCAAUCCCAAAGUCUUCGAUGAGGCGCAGGCUUCCGACGCCUACCGCGCAUCAGGCCGUCCCCGGAGAUCACUAGAAGGGAUCCCCUUCACCGUGAAAGACAGCUACAAGGUGGAGGGGCUCACAGUUGCAGCUGCGUCCCCAGCCUUCGAAAGCCUCGUCGCGUCUUCAGAUGCAGCGGUCGUCGAACUAUUGCGCGCCGCAGGAGCAGUACUGAUUGGAAAGACCACGAUGCCUCCCAUGGCCGAUGGAGGAAGUCAGCGAGGUCUCUACGGCCGUUCAACCAGCCCUUACAACCCCGAGUACUUGUGCACCAGUUUCGCAUCAGGCUCUUCAUACGGUUCCGCGGUAGCCACGACAUCCUCAUUCGCCCCUAUUGGCCUCGGCGGCGAGACAGUUUCAUCUGGUCGAGCGCCGGCUUCGCACAAUGCCCUAGUGGGAUACUCACCGUCGAGAGGCGUCAUUCCUUCUCGCGGCCACUGGCCGUUAUACCCGACGUGCGAUGUUGUCGCACCUCACACCAAGUCUGUCGCUGAUAUGCUGGCUCUUCUGAACGUCAUUAUUGCCGACGACGCGCACCCCAAAGGUGACUUUUGGCGCGAGCAGAAGGUUGUGCCUAUUCCACGUAGCUCCGAGAUCCGGCCAAGAGACUUUCUAUCCCUCAGAGACCCAGAGGCAUUGCAAGGGAAGCAUAUUGCUAUCCCCAAGUGUUAUAUCGGGAAGCAAGCUUCUUCCGGAUACUCUGCUGUCUGUUCGGAAGCCACUAGGAAGUUAUGGGAGCAAGCUCGAGUUGACCUUGAGACGCUGGGUGCCAGAAUCACCGAAACUGAUUUCCCUCUGGUCGAGAACUACUCAACACAACUCUUUCCCGGGCAAGCUGCCAAUGUGCCAGGCAUCCCGAGUACCUGGAUUGACACUGAGAGGUGUCAGAUGAUUGCCACUGCAUGGGAUGACUUUCUGCGCAACAACAACGAUUCCGGGUGCCCUUCUCUUGAAGGCGUUGACUACCGCCAGAUCAACCCCGACUUUGCGCCGUUGGAUGAUCGGUCGGAGCACACCGAGCAGCAGAACCAUGUCCGGUACGCAGAGAUGAUUGACUUCAUCCGCAAUCGGCCCAACUCCAUCUACGAUCUUCCAGGUUGUGCAGAUGCGUUGAUCGCUCUCGAGAAGGCUCGUAAGAGAGACUUGGAAGACUGGAUGGACGAGAACGGCUUUGAUGUUAUCGUCUUUCCCACGAAUGGCGAUGUCGGGAAAGCUGAUUCCGAGGACAAUCGUGAGUCCAUGGCAUAUUCUCUAAAAGACGGGUUAAAAUACUCCAAUGGCAACCGUGCCUUGAAGCACUUGGGUGUGCCCGCCAUCACUGUGCCGAUGGGAACACUGUCUGACAAGAAGAUCCCUGUUGGAUUGACAUUUGCGGGCAAGGCUUGGAGCGACAGCGACUUGUUGCGUUAUGCGUAUGCGUUUGAGUCAUCGAGAAAGCGCAGAGAGAGUCCCUCGUUGGCACCUCCACUAAACACAGACAUACUCCAAGUCAACUUGAUUCAAGGCCCUAUCAAGACAUAUGGGAAGCUGGAGUUGUCCGUCUCUAGUGUGGUCGUAGAAGAUGCCUCGACGGAGGCCUUGGAAAGACGCCACAUCGCUCUUGGUGGGUUGCUGAAAGUUGACCAUUCGGCUGAAGCAGCGUCGAUGCAAGUUUUCGUUAACGGGGGUCAGAUGAAAUCUCCCAUACUCAGGAAUGGCCAAUGGGAAUGGUCUGGAAUGUUGGAACGGAAGACGAUCAAGGAGAGGUACCCAGUCCAGAGCAAAAUUGCUAGAGAUCAGUUCAUGGUUGUGGUGUUAGCUCAGAUCCCAGGUGGUGACUCAAGUGGUCGCUUGGUCAUGAUCGAUUGA